AUGGAAAAGUGCGAUAUCAAAGGUUUUAAGAAAUUUCCUCUAAGCUUAAUUUUGGAAGAAUUAGAAAAAGCUUCAAGAAAUUUUCAAAAGUAUAGUGAUUGCCUCUACAAAGUAAAAGAAAUAAUAUCCAGCAAAUUUGAACAAAUAAAAGUUAAUAUCCAAAAUAAAAAUAAUCCUGAAAAGAAAAGAAUUGUUGAUGAAAUAUCUUCUAUUUUAGAAUUUUUGCCAAAAGAAUACGAAGCUUCAGCUAAGAACUUAAUUAGCGAAUUAUUGAAAAGUUAUAGAGAAAUUAAAAAAUUUACAAGAGGAAGAAUCGAUACUCUUGCGAGCAACCAAGAAAUAAGCGAUAUAUGCAAAAUGAUUAAUUCUUUAAAAAAGGAUGGCUCCAAUUCAGAUUAUGCAUAUGCGAAAAAUAAAUUGAGGAUGCUUUAUAUUUAA